UCAGUGAAAGUGGACUUCGUCCUGGUGUAAUAUUCUUCCCCGUCAAUUAGCUCUUACCCAAUUCACCAAAACCCUAGCCGACGACAGUGAGAAGUCUCGACCGGAGCUCGCCGGAGAAGGCAUUGAAGGGACCAGCGGCGCGCCAAGAGAAGAGGAUUUGUCGACGAAGAAGAAGAAAGAGAGUCUUAGCAUACGGUUACGCCAAAUAAAAGUGAAAGCUUUUUCCUUUUGCUUGUGGAAUCGGAAGGCUGUGAGAGAUGAAAGAGUUCAAUGUAGCUGGAAGCAUUGUUUCCCUUUCCCUCUUCACUGAUGUGUGCAACAGCAAGGAACUUCUUGAGUCCAUUCAAGCAGGAACUUUAGAACCAGAAGUUGCGCUUAUGAAUGCAUCGCUGAUACCAGAUGUAUUCCCCGUUCUAGCAGCUGCGUAUAACGCUAUUAUAGCAAAAUCAAGGGAGUCUCUGACAACUCGGAGUCUUCAUUCGGAGAUAGUUUAUAACUAUUCGGGUUCUAAGCAUAUUACUGAAUCAUUGAAGAGGUUUGGAAUCUCCGAUAAAACAACCUACAUUCUUGCAGUUCGUUUUGAUGCUGCCGGCGAUGAGGAUUUGGUGAAAGUAGUCAAAGGAAAGGAGAUUGAUCUGGGAGAACUGGAAGCCAGAGCUGAUCAAUCCCUGAUACAAAAGCGAGGAGCUUGCCAUCUCUUCACUCUCUGACGCAGUCACAUGCAGAAUCGCUGUUCGAGAUGCUUUAUAAAUCUCAAAGUCUCAACAAUCUCGUACUUUGACAUAGUUACAUUUUGCUCCAGAUCUUUUGCUUUAUUUAUACUUGUAGCUCAUAUUUACAUUGGAUUUUGCGCUAUUGUAUGCCUUUUGCAAAUUUGCUAUUUGCAAAUCUACCACCCUGUUUCGUCCUUUUUUCCAAAUUCUCACUCAAAUAUUAAUCCGAAUGUAUAAUUUUCAUUCUAUCGAUUCUCAAUAGUUUGAUCAU